AUUUUCGAAGUGCAGUUUAAAUUGUAAUUUCCCUCGGAUCUUUGAGGGCAUGUGCAGGGUGGCGCAGUUCCAGCAGGUGGAAUGCCUCCUCCUUCAAAGCGCGGUUGGAAAUAACACUCGGUGCACACACGGACUCCAAACCCAACCCCUCGUCGAUGCAAGAAGCAUUUUGGUGGAGGGAGGAUGAUGGAAGUCUAGAAACAUGGAAUCGCACAUCUCUUGAAACUGGAACUCGUUGCUACUGGAUUUUUUUUUUUUUUUUUCAGUGAUUCGGGGGGAAAUUACAAACUUCGAGGUUUCAAUGAUGUUAUUCUCAGAUUGGACUUUCUCAGCCGUCAAUUUUGCGCUCCUGUUGGGAAUAACGUGUCUGACCGUCAUCUGCGAUCUCACCAAGGGCUCUCCGGACUUUUCAGGUGGCCUAUCCAAAGUUUUGAGGAACUACACUGAACAGGCCUGCGACGGAGAGUUCCUGUCUGUUCGUUGUCCGCUCCGUACCACCAUAACUGUCCAAUCAGCUUUCUACGGUAGAAAAAGGCCCUCUGAUCCUCGACAGUGUCCUCAAACUUACCAGGCACUCCUGAGCUCCUACCACUCCCAGGAGGAUGAUCGACAUUGUUCGGUGUCCACCGCGCUACAGAAAAUGUUGGCCGAGUGCCAAGACAGAAGGAGCUGUCAAGUCCUUGUCAACAGCCGUGUGUUUGGGAUGGACCAGUGUCCUGGCAGCAGUAAAUACCUCAUUGUCUGGUACAAAUGCAGACCUAACGAGUAUAAAAGUAAGGUUGUCUGUGAGGAGGAGCAGAUGAGGCUCAAAUGCAAACAGGGUAUGCAGAUUUCUGUCUACUCCGCCAUGUUUGGUCGGACUCAACAAGGCACGCUGGAGUGCCCCCCUCACAACAGGAGGCCCCCAUCAGUGGACUGCCAGGCAGCGACGGCCCUCCAGGUCCUUACAGCCCGCUGCCAGGGAAAGAAGAGCUGUCGGGUCCAGGCCUCCACCAAAGAAUUUGGAGAUCCGUGCUACGCCGGCACCAAGAAGUACCUCAAUGUCAUCUAUACAUGUGUGUCAAAGAGACUGCUCCAGGAGCCAGGCCACAGACCACCGGUGUACCACCCACCCUCUGCCACCCGUGACCCCAAUGUAGUGGGAGACGGGCCUUCUGGGGGAAGUUCAGGCCAGAACACUGUUCCAACUCGGAGCCCCGACAAGAAGAAACCAUCUGACACCAGAAGAGGCGGCGGAAACGGUUCAUCACAGCCAUCAGGCAUGAACCCUGUGAUCAACUCCACCUCCAGAGCCAACAUGGCCCUCAUCAGCAAUGUGUUGGCGGCGUACACCUACAUAUCAGAUCAUCCCGAAAGGGCCGCGCUGUUCUUCGUCUGCGGUGUGUGUCUGGGCCUCUUCCUCACCCUGUUUGCCCUGGUGGUCCAGAUCUCCUGUCGCACAGACUGCCAGUCUCGGAAGCGGCCAGCCGUCAAGAAACCGCCCCGCCCCGCCCACUCAUCCUCGGACUCCAGCGACUCGGACUCGGACUGGGAGACCACGUCGGACCUGUCGGCGCGGAGGCACAGGCGCUUCGAGCGCACGCUCAACAUGAACGUUUUCACGUCAGCGGAGGAGCUGGAGCGAGCCCAGCGGCUCGAGGAGAGGGAACGGAUCAUACGGGAGAUCUGGAUGAACGGGCAGCCCGACAUCCCAGGGACACGGAGCCUCAAUCGGUAUUACUGAGUACCGCCUUCGGUCGUUCUUUUUGAAGACUUCCUUGAACUAAAUCCAGGAUGCACUUGGUUAUGAGGGCGGGAACCGGAGAAGGCCGGCAUGUAGCUUUGGAAGCAAGCAUGCAAAUGCAGCUGUGGACUCUGAAAACAGAGGGGAGGUUCUGCAAGGCUUGUAGGGUGGUCUGCGUGUUCCACUGGGUGUCAUAAAGUGCAGCCCCCCUCCUCAGUCAAACAAUGAGCUUGGGCUCCGCACGGCAAGCUUACCUCACGGCUCGCCCUUACUGCCGGAAGUGAGGGGUGAAGGGGCAACAUCAACUCUCCGUUGACUCCAGUAGGCCUUUUUGAAGUGGGGAUUUAUGGGUUGGUUGCCUUGGACAUACACAGGCCUGCAGAGACGACAUGGAGACUGAAGGACCACGGCCUCACAGGGGUCUAUUACACACAGAACACUUGGCAGCUGGAUGAGACUGUGAAACUUUGAGCGUUCUGCUCUCUACUCUCCAGUAUUCAGUAUGAACUUCAACAAAGAAAAGAAAAAAAAAAGUGCGCUUGACAAUGAGAUGAAUUAAGACAAUCUUUCCACGGUGAACCAUGCUGCCUUUGAGCUUCGUAAAACCAAAAGAUUUUGUGUGCGUGCGUGUGCUUGUGUGAGUGUGAGGGAUUCAUCUCAAUCCUUACGAGACAUAUUUUAUAAUAUUUAAUAGAUGUUGACCUUUUGCUCUCAAGUAUGGUUUAUUUUUUAAAUAUUUUUAUACGUGGCAAAAGUUGUCAGGCACCUCAGGGAUGCAAUCCUAGUGUUUCUGUGUUUGGCUGAUGCGCUUUCUUMMWAAAAAAAAAAAAAAAAAAAAAA